UUGAGCGGACGAAGACGAAUUCCAUAAUUACGAGGACGGCCCUUGAGCUCCCGCAUAAAUUUCUAAAUGUCCGCGUCAGGAAGACAGGACGGAGCAUUGCGAAUAUAAACGUGAAUUAAAAGUCCAGCGGGGCCAAGGGAGAAGUAUCAGUGAAACCUCCACCAGAUUGAAGCGAAAAUUAGAGUAAAGGAGAGAGAAAGGAGAGGGGGGUGUGGUAGGUGCGAGAUUGACCGAACCAAACACACCCUCUCUCUUCUUUCAUCUCCUUUCUCCUUCUUCUCUCCGCCCCCAACAACCCCUGCAUUCAUCACAACCAUAUAAAAUCCCUACCUUCCCACCCCGACCCUUUUCUUCUCAGCUUCAAAGGAUCUCUCUUCUGAAGCUAUACUCCUAAUCCCUCCAUCCCCUCCCUUCUGCCCUCCCUUCUAAUCUUUAUCCUUUUUCUCCCAAGAUUAAGAUCUAUAAUAAUUAGCGUAUCCAAGGAGCGUAGAUUAACCUAAUGGGUUCCAUGGCGGCUAUUCUAUCCCCAACUCCCAAUCCAACGGCCCAGAUUGGACCCAGAGUCGUCAGGCCGAUCAUCCGAAUCCCCGCAGCCGCCUUCCGCACGGUUCGGUCCGUCUACCGGCCCGACGCCUCCGGCAGCUUCAACCCUUCGGCCUACUUCCCCGGCGCCGUCGGAUCCAGCCGCUCCGACUGGCAGACCUCCUGCGCCAUCCUCGCCAGCAAAGCCGCCGACGACAAGAAGGCCGCCGACGACUCCGUCGCCGGCGGCGAUGCUGCUCCCGACGCCGGAGAAGCCAAUGGAAAGCAUCACCUGACCUCCCCCCCGGCCGCCGUGAACGGCCACAAGCCGCCCACCAAUGCUUCGACUACACUGGAUCUGGUCCCGAUCGCUAACCUCCCGCGGCCGCUCACCAUCGCCGACCUCUCCCCGGCGCCGAUGCACGGGUCCCAGCUACGCGUGGCCUACCAGGGCGUCCCGGGGGCCUACAGCGAGGCCGCCGCCGGCAAAGCCUACCCCAACUGCGAGGCCAUCCCCUGCGACCAGUUCGAGGUGGCCUUCCAGGCGGUGGAGCUCUGGAUCGCGGACCGAGCCGUCCUCCCCGUCGAGAACUCCCUCGGUGGCAGCAUCCACCGCAACUAUGAUCUCCUCCUCCGUCACCGCCUCCACAUCGUCGGCGAAGUCCAGCUCCCCGUCCACCACUGCCUCCUCGCCCUCCCGGGCGUCCACAAGGAGUACCUCACCCGCGUCAUCAGCCACCCCCAGGCCCUCGCCCAGUGCGAGCUCACCCUCACCGGCAUGGGCCUCAACGUCGCUCGCGAGGCCUUCGACGACACCGCCGGUGCCGCCGAGUACGUCGCCGCCAACGGCCUCCGCGACACCGCCGCCAUCGCCUCCUCCCGCGCCGCCGAUCUCUACGGUCUCCAGAUCCUCGCCGACGGGAUUCAGGAUGACUCCAGCAACGUGACCCGCUUCGUGAUGCUGGCCCGGGAGCCCAUUAUCCCGAGGACCGACAGGCCCUUCAAGACCAGCAUCGUCUUCGCCCACGACCGCGAAGGGACCUCGGUUCUCUUCAAGGUGCUCUCGGCGUUCGCCUUCAGGGACAUCAGCCUGACCAAGAUCGAAAGCCGGCCGCAUCGCCACCGCCCGAUCCGGCUGGUGGACGACGCCAAUGUCGGUACGGCCAAACACUUCGAGUACAUGUUCUACGUCGACUUCGAGGCAUCCAUGGCGGAAGUCCGCGCACAGAACGCACUCUCCGAGAUCCAGGAGUUCACUUCCUUCCUCCGCGUCCUUGGGAGCUACCCCAUGGACAUGACUCCAUGGACCGCCAACUCUUCGCCACCCCCAACCUCCUCGUCGUCGUCUUCUCCACCUCGCCGGGAUUGAUUGAUUGUUUGAUUGUUUGGUUGCCGGAUCACCGUCCGUCCAUCGACCUCGUCCGCUGAUUCACCGGUUCAUGAUCAGUCAAUUGAUUGGACUUUUGGUCGGGGUGGUUGGUGGUGGUCCAGUGAUGCUGUUUGGGCUGUGCUAUCUCUACCGGACUACCUCCCAUCUGAAUUUUUUUUUUAAAAAAUCUUUUAUUUUUUUCUCCCUCUUCCGCGAUGAAUGAAGAAAUCAAAACUGAGCCACCAACCAAUCAAUGGGUGAGAUUGGUCAAACGGGAUUUGGCAAAUGUUUUGCAUUUUUUUACAGAUCUGUUACUAUCAUCACCAACCAUCAGUGUUUCCUAUAAUACGGUUAAACAUGAUGUAUAGUUUGCAUAGUUGUAUCAUCUGGUGCUUAAAAAGAAAAAUGGGUAAGCUUCAUUGAAUCC